CGGGAGGAGGCCCAGCGCCGCUCUGGGCCGUCCUUGCUCCGUCCACUCGGACACAGUGUCCUCCGGCCUGGGAGAGGGAGCCGAGCCAAGACAUCUCUGACCAGCCCGAAGCCUCCCACCCCCGGCACACAGGAUGGACGUGGCACCCAGCCGCAGGAGCCCCCUGGGACUCUACCUCCUGCUGCUUCUGAUGGCCCUGCCACUCCGGGGCCAGGCCAGCACAAGCUGCUACGGGAUCCCGGGGAUGCCGGGCCUGCCGGGCGCCCCUGGCAAGGACGGGCAUGACGGUCUGCGGGGCCCCAAGGGCGAGCCAGGAAUCCCAGCCGUCCCUGGCACACGAGGACCCAAGGGCCAGAAGGGAGAGCCGGGCACCCCUGGCUAUCCUGGGAAGAACGGCCCGAUGGGCCCCACGGGGAUGCAGGGGGACCGGGGCCUCCCGGGGCCUCCCGGGGAGCCGGGCGAGGAGGGCAGGUACAAGCAGAAGCACCAGUCGGUGUUCACGGUCACGCGGCAGACGGCCCAGUACCCGGCCGCCAACAGGCUGGUCAAGUUCAACUCGGUGGUCACCAACCCGCAGGGGGACUACGACACGGGCACGGGCAAGUUCACCUGCAGGGUGCCCGGGCUCUACUACUUCGUCUACCACACGUCGCAGACGGCCAACCUGUGCGUGCUGCUCUACCGCAACGAUGUCAAGGUGACCACCUUCUGUGACCACAUGUCCAACAGCAAGCAGGUCAGCUCGGGCGGCGCGCUGCUGCGGCUGCAGGCGGGCGAGCAGGUGUGGCUGGCCGUCAACGACUACAACGGCCUGGUGGGCACCGAGGGCUCCGACAGCGUCUUCUCGGGCUUCCUGCUCUUCCCUGACUAGCCGCCCGGCCCGCGCUCCUCCUCCAGGAAGCCCUCCCACCCCGGCCGCUGCUCCUCUGAGCGCCUUUCCGCGGCCACCACGCGCCCCAGUCCCCCCGGCCCCCUCGGGACCACGGCUCAACUUAUUUCUGUUUUUUCGGGUCUUGGGAGAGGUGGGGAGAUACAUGAAUAAAUAACCAGACGGAA